AUGAUGGUGCACUGCGCCGGGUGCGCGAGGCCCAUCCUGGACCGCUUCCUACUGAACGUGUUGGACCGCGCGUGGCACGUCGAGUGCGUGCAGUGCUGUGAGUGCAGCUGCAACCUCACCGAGAAGUGCUUUUCCAGGGAUGGCAAACUUUACUGCAAAAUUGACUUUUUCAGGCGUUUUGGCACAAAGUGUGCGGGCUGUUUUCAGGGCAUUUCACCCAGCGACCUGGUGCGCAAGGCGCGCAGUAAAGUAUUUCAUUUGAACUGCUUCACGUGCAUGGUCUGCAACAAGCAGCUAUCCACGGGCGAGGAGCUCUACGUCAUCGACGAGAACAAGUUCGUGUGCAAGGAGGACUACUUGAGCGCCAGCGCUAUCAGAGAGGUCAACCUGAAUUCAGUGUCGUCGUGCACCGACCGCAGCCUGUCGCCCGACCUGCCCGAACCAACCGCGGACGACCCAAAAGAGACGGACAAUUCCACGUGCUCGGACAAGGACACGAACACCAACGAGGGCGAGGAGCAGAGCGCGUGCCAGAAGCGCCGCGGCCCGCGCACCACCAUCAAGGCCAAACAGCUGGAGACGCUCAAAGCGGCGUUCGUGGCCACGCCGAAACCAACACGUCACAUCCGCGAGCAGCUCGCGCAGGAGACCGGCCUCAACAUGCGAGUCAUUCAGGUGUGGUUUCAGAACAGACGGUCAAAGGAACGCAGGAUGAAGCAGCUCAGUGCUCUCGGCGCCCGGCGCCAUGCUUUUUUCAGAGGACCAAGGAGGAUGAGGCCACUGGGCAGCAGACUCGACGAGUCUGAUCUCCUUGGCCCUGGGGGAUAUGGCUACUAUGGAGAGUACCAGGGUGAUUACUAUGGCACUGGCGUCAACUACGAUUUCUUCCCUCAUGGUCCACCCUCGUCUCAGGCCCAGUCUCCUGCCGAGGCUCCCUUCCUGCUCAGCUCAGGCUCCGGCGAUGACCAGCGCUUCACAGACGUGAUGUCACAUGAUGAUACGCCAAGCCCAGAAUUGCACCCAAAUACACAGGGCGAAGGUGGAUUUGGGACAGGACCCAGUCCACCAUAUCCACUGGCCAACAAUGCCAACUACAGUGGGCAAGAGAUUGGUGAAAAUACCGUAUGGUAG